AUGGUGAGCGAUGUUGUCCGAAUCGGCCCCAAUGAAGUCGUUUUCAAUACUCCAAAAGCAUCGGAAGAUAUUUACGACUCUCAUACGAAGCAUUUGGAGCACUUCACCAGGACAGAUUGGCUGGACUUGGGUAAAGGCGAAGACGGAAUCAUCUGGGAAAGAGACCCAGUCAGACAUCGCGUGGUUCGGAAGAACCUCUCACGGGCCUUCAGCGUUAAAUCUCUUCAGGCUAAGGAGCCUGCGUUGCACAAGCAUCUUGACUAUUUCCUAGACAGGAUGAAAGAAUUUGGGAACGAAAAGAAUGGUGUGGACCUUUUACAGUGGACUAACUGGCUCGCCCUCGAUAUAUCGGCAGAUAUGGCGUACAUGAAAAAUACAUCUCUACUUGAUGCACUCUGGGCGGUCAACUUCUUCCUCGCUGUCAAUGCCGUUACGAAGAAGUUCCGUCUUCUGGCACCACUGAAAUUUCUCUUCGUUCCUCCCUCGUAA